ACGGUGAUGUCCUCCCGUUUGAUGGCUGGGUUGCCCUUACAGUCAAUUUGAUGGGGAAUGAGGACCCUAAUCUGUCAAUCACUGUGCCUUUUCUUGUCAGCAGUCUUGCUCUGGAGAGGCCACUGCUGGGUUUCAACGUGCUGGAAGAGAUGAUACAAGAACAACCUGAAAAGCUGAUUUCAAACCUCGUCGUCCUACUCUGUAAUGCUUUGUGUAUACCAGCAGAGAAGGCAGAGCUAAUGGUGAGCUUCAUCCAAGCCAGCAAACCCUCUGUGCUGUGCGGGCGCCUACGGACAGGCAGACAGGACAUGGUUAUCCAAGCAGGUCAGUUAGCCUGGGUCAAGUGCCAAGUCCCUCCACGCAUGAGUACAUCUGAUGCAGUCUUCCUAUUUGAGCCUGAUGACAAAAAUGUGCAGUUGACAGAACUGGACGUGGGUGAAGGUCUGCUGGAGGUACAAAAUCCAAGAAAACCUUAUGUAGCUGUACCGGUGGGCAACAACACUAAACAUGCAGUAACUCUGCCAAGAAAGACAGCACUUGGGGGCAUCCACUGUGUCGAAAAAGUGAUCGCAACAGACCCACCUGAAGCACCCGAGCCCACAGUGACUGUUAAUAGUUCUGUAUCAACACCUGUUGACGCCCGCUCAUCAUCAUGGCAACCUCCCAUUGACCUCAGUCACCUUGAUGAUAAACAAAGGGAAAAAGUCAACAAAACGCUGUGUGAAGAAGCCGGAGCUUUCGCACGUGGCAGCAAUGAUAUUGGGUGCAUACCAAGUUUACAAAUGUCGAUUACCCUCACAGAUGAAAUCCCUGUACAGAGAGCAUACUCGGCAGUCCCGAAGCCACUGUUUAAAGAGGUAAAGGAGUACGUGCAGGAGCUGCUGAUGAGAGGCUGGAUUGUUAAAUCCAAGUCCCCAUAUGCUGCCCCAGUUGUCUGUGUUAGGAAGAAGGACGGCAGCCUACGUCUUUGUAUUGAUUAUCGCCUCCUGAACAAAAAGACUGUGCCUGAUCGACAUCCACUACCCAGAAUACAAGACCUGACCGACACACUGGGGGGCUACACCUGGUUUAGCAUCCUAGACCAGGGAAAAGCUUACCAUCAGGGUUUCAUUGCAGAGGGUUCCCGUCACCUGACUGCCUUCGUCACCCCGUGGGGCCUCUAUGAAUGGGUCCGUAUCCCAUUUGGACUCUUUUGGACUCUACAACCGCGUUUUGAAUAGUAAUAGCGUUUAGCUCAGGAGUUAUUGACUCGGGAAACUCCAAUCUGUGAAUAUGUGACCAACUUCCUGCUCCUUCAGUUCUCUCCAGCGCUGGAAAGCUGAUCCUAUAUUAACACGUCCUACUUCUUACCUUAUCGUAAGCCUUUCUUUGCUUUCUUUCUUUGUUUUUAUCCUCCAUGUCAAUGUUAAAACCGCUUUCUGCUAAUGUCACACAUGAGCACUGAACACUCUCUCCGCCACAUAUAAGACACGCCCCUGAAAAAUGAUUUUUGUUUUGUUUAGGGCCCCAUCGCAAUUUUCUGAAAAAGUUGUCAAAUAUCGGAGACCCUACCUUUAAAUGUGAUUUCUGAAGUGUUUAAAAAAAUGUCCAACAUGACACUAUAAACAUACUAUAAAGUAACAGGGUAUGGUAUAAAAAACACACACACAUCCACACAGAAACGUGGUGCUAAGUCUACACACAUAUGUCAAGGCUAGUUCAGGUUAUCGGAUGGCAGACGUGAGUUCUGCCAGAUCAAAUAUGUAGCCUACAAAUUUUCGAAUGUAACAUGUCAGAUGUCCUAGACAAUAAAUCGUUACGGCGUCUGAGAUACACGGCUGUCAUCAAACGUGACAUUUGAAGUGUUUACUGUGACUCACACACAAGUAUUCAGGUUUCAAAGUGUUAUGGGAUCGGCCCUGUGACUUAAUAAAACACGCCGUGCGAGUGUUUUUUUUGUAUUAACUCACUAUCUGUAAUAUAAUCGUCCCACAAGAUAGUCAUCCCUCAAAGGCAUUGUCUUCCAUUGUCUUUAUAUCUCUCUAUAGUUAUUUUAUUUAUUUAUGACAGAAAUUCUUACUAUAAAUAGAACAAAGUCCAAAGAAACCUUUGAAGUCCAAUCACAUCACACUAUAUAUUCCUCACGAUAGCCAAACGUCAGAGAAUAUCAUGGAGCUAAGCGUAUGUACGCUGUACCCUCUGUCUAACUAUCACAAUGCUGUGAUUAAGCUGAAAGUUAUUAACAGGUAUUAAAUCCCACAAUGACUAAUGAUGUCUGUGAACUGAUUGUCUGGGCAGUUAAAUAUGUCUACAGCUUGGUUCUUUUAAAAGGGAAGAUUUCUCAAAGGUCCAUAGCUGAAAAAAGGAUUUGAUACAGAAACAACUCUGUUUUUAGAGUUCUGUGUGAAACCUUUAAAGGUUCCCCAGAAGGUACAACCAAGGAACCCUAAUGUGUCCAAGUUACAUGUACAUUAAAGAGUGCUGCUAGAAAAGAAAUAGAUGAUACAUGAGCUCGCAGACAGCUGUGAUUGGAUAGUGCCACUGGGCCUGACAGGAGAGAGAGAGAGAGAGAGAGAGAGAGAGAGAGAGAGAGAGAGAGAGAGAGAGAGAGAGAGACAAAAAGAGUGAGAGAGAGACAGAGAGAGAGAGAGAGAGAGAGAGAGAGAGAGAGAGAGAGAGAGACCGAGAGAGAGGGGGAGAGAGAUAGGGAGAGAAAGAGAGAGAGAAAGAGAGAGAGAGACACCCACAGAGAGAGAGGGUGAGAGAGCGAGAGGAAGAGAGGGAGGGAGAGAGAUAGUGAGAGAGAGAGGGAGAGAAGGAGAGAGAGAGAGAGAGACAGGAAGAGAGGGAGGAGGAGAGAGAGAGUGAGAGAGAGAGGGAGAGAGAGGAAGAGAGUGAGAGAGAGAGAGAGAGAGAGAGAGACAGGAAGAGAGUGAGAGAGAGUGAGAGCGAGAAAGAGAGAGAGGAGAAGAGAGUGUGUGUGUGUGUGAGAGAGAGAGAGAGAGAGAGAGAGAGAGAGAGGAA